CUUCACUUAAUUGAAUUCACUGCUUUCAAACACGAAAUUCAAAACCCAUAAAAUAUCAUAAGGCUUUUCUUGCAAACCUUACAUCAAACAUUCUUUCAUCUUCAAGUAAAACUAACCUUUUCUACACUUUCUAUCUCGUAACAAUGUACUAUUGUUCUUGUUUAGAUCCAAAUUAAUACCCUCUUUUGUUUUGUAAAUUUUGGUCAAGAUUUAUUAUUUGAAAGGCUACAACUGAUUUUAGGGUUUAGUCUAUUGUUUUCAUUCAAAUGGAUCCUGUCAUUGUUGCAGAAACGGUUCCGUAUUUGAGUUUGAUGGCUCUCAUGAAUUGAUGCUCAAAAGGAAUCUUAUUUGGCAAUUGUGCAUUGCUAAGUUUAUUCUCUGCCAUCUCCUAUGGGAUCGCGUCUAUGGCCAUGGUUUUUAUCAAUAAGGCUGUUUUGAUGCAGUAUUCACACUCAAUGACUCUACUCUUUCUUCAGCAAUUGGCAACAACUUUUCUUAUACACUUUGCCCGUGUUAUGGGGUAUGUAAAAGCUAAAGAACUAAACUUGGCGACUGCAAAAAAACUAUUCCCCGUGUCAUUGUUCUACAAUGCAAAUGUGGCGUUUGCUUUAGCUAGCUUAAAAGGGGUCAACAUUCCAAUGUAUAUCGCAUUGAAGAGACUUACACCACUUGCUGUCUUGGUAGCUGGAUUUUUCUCUGGAAAGGGGAAGCCUCCAACACAGGUGUCUCUCUCAGUCCUAUUUACUGCUUUCGGGGUCAUCAUUGCAGCACUUGGAGAUUUCUCGUUUGACCUCUUUGGGUACACUAUGGCCCUCACAUCUGUCUUUUUCCAGACUAUGUACUUGGUACUCGUUGAGAAGUCUGGUGCAGAGGAUGGGCUAUCCUCAGUGGAGCUAAUGUUCUAUAAUGGAUUUUUAUCUCUUCCAUUUCUUCUAUUCCUUAUCAUAGCCACAGGGGAAUUUCCCAAUUGUGUGUACUUAUUAUUCGACAAGGCUAUCUCGUUUUCGUUCUUAAUGGUUCUCAUUCUUUCGUUGGUGAUGGGAAUCGUUCUUAAUUUCACCAUGUUCUUGUGUACUAUAGUCAACUCAGCUCUUACAACCACCAUUGUUGGAGUUCUCAAGGGUGUCGGAUCAACAACUCUUGGUUUUAUCCUGCUUGGCGGCGUGCAAGUACGCGCCUUAAACGUUACAGGAUUGGUCAUUAACACGGCUGGUGGUGUGUGGUAUUCAUAUGCUAAAUAUCAGCAAAAAAAAAGCAAACCAAAGAAGGUAAUUACAGAUGAAGAAGCUCAUCAUAAGUAAUCACAGAAGGCAAAUGUUAUCAUCUCCUGGACCUUCUGAAGAGUAUAUAAUGGUGUUUCUGGUGAAAGUCAGAGAUGCUUGCCUUCAAGAGGAAGAGGCUAUCUUGUCAGGGGAUACAAGAUGGAGAGAACUAGGACAGUGCUAGGGUUAGGGCAUAAAAGAGUAUAAAGCCUCCGGGCUGUCGUCUUAAGGUAUCUAGUUUGUUAAAUUAAAUCAUAUAGGGAGAGAAAAAGGAUUUCAUCCGGCCAUGUAAGAAAUUGUAAUGUCGUAUCUUAAAAGCGAUUUUGUUGAAUUGCUGGGCAUUGUUAAGUUAAACAUGAAAAUGGAGAGAAAUAAGAUUUCCUCUGGCCAUGGAAGACAUUGUAAUGUCCAGUUUUGAAAUAGGAUUUGUUGAAUUGUUA